AUGAUUGUACAAAAACAAAUUUUGGGUUCAGGAGGAUUCAAGAUGUCAGCCGAAAUAGAAACAGGAAACAAAUCUUAGCAAUAGCAUAUCAAUAAUGACCUUCCAACCAAGAAUGAAUUGUUUAAUUAGUUGGGAAAUAUACGUGAUGAUGACUCUGUUAAAGCUAAUAAUGAUCACAGAUGGAAUCACUUUAGAAUUUCUAAGCAAUUAAUUCAAAUUACCGUAUAGUAAGAACAAUUGAAUUACUUGCCAUCUAAACCCCCCACUCCUUAAGUGAUUAAAUAGGAAGUUAGCACUUAGAGACUGACUUCUCAAAGAAUUAGAGAAAAUGCUGGAGGAGCGAAAGCAACAUUUGAAUAUUAAAAUUCGAUUUGUAUGAGUGGUAUAUCCAAGUCAAUAAGGAUUGCUGACAUAUUCUCAUCGUAAAAAGUCAUUAUCUUAAAAAACACCAAUCACAGAGGAGGAUUUCUUAUCUGCUAUUUAACCUUAACCGAAAUAUGGAGAUCAAUUAAAACAAAUGAUCAUCAAUUUAAAGUAACUCGACCAUAACCAUUCAAUUUUGAUAAGAGAGAAAAAGAUCGUUCUUUUUUUAUUAGAGAAGGAAGUUUAAGAAAUGUUAGAAGAAAAGAAGAGAACUAAUUCAUGUAGAGUUUCAAGGCCAAAGCAGUACCACAAAUUGUGAAAUAAGAUGGUCUGUAUGAAAAAAUACUGAAUGAUAAUGAAAAAUUGACUCUUAAAAAUAAGAGACCAAUUUCUUUUUAUAAAAGAGACAAAAAUUCAUCAAGAAUGCCACGUAAAAAGCAAAAGCAAUACCUUGACAUGUUGAUGUGGAAUGACUUAGAAAAAUGGAAUAAGAUGAAGAGCCAAGAGAUAGGAAAGUAUAGCUAAACAUGCUCAAGAAUUAACAAUGAAUUCUAGAAUGCCAUCCAGGAUGAGAGAUAAAUAUAAGGGUAGCCAUAAUCACACAAUUAUAUGAAAACUCAAAUAUCUUACAAAACCAAACCCAUUCCAGACUUUGAGAAAUUGCACUCAUCUUUUUAAGACCAAAUAAAUCGAAAUAAACUAUAAAUGAGAACCACUAAAUCUGAACCUUUUAAUUUCCAAUAAUCUCGCAAAGGGAGAAUGAAACAAAAAUCAAUCCAAUUAAGGAAUAUCAAACCUAGAUAACCACCAUCUAUGAAGAAGUGGGAAAAUAUUUGCGAGUUCUUGAAGUAAGAAAGAAUCAAGAAAGUUAAAAAAUUGGAAUAAAAGAGUGAGAGUCUAAUAAUCAGAAGAAUUUAAGAAAUUCAAAAACUAGAAUAAUAGAGGAAAGAUAGAAUUGCUCAAUUAAAAAAAGAAUCCAAAGAAUAAGAAAUGAAACAGAAACGCUUCAUUGAAAAUUGUUAGAGAAAGCCUACUGAACAACCUUUACUUGUUGAAAGACCCACCAAAAGGUCUGUGUAAUUAGAGAAGAUGAAAAAACUGAGUAAGAAUGAUAAAAUACUAAAAUAAAACGGAGUCAUGAAUAGAGAUGAGUAUUUCGAUAAAGAAGAAAAGGUUACAAUUCUAACAAUAUCAUAUUUAAUAAUCUUAUUGAGUUAUGUUAUUUGA